CGUUUAUUUUUCAUUAUUCAGCGGUUUUUAAGAGAAAACUUUUAUUAAUCGAACAUUUUUAUUUAUAUUGCUAUUCUCUUUAUCGAAAAAAUAGUUAUAAAGAAAAUUAGAAAAAAAAUGGAAAGUUCUCGAGUUUACUUAUUUUCACGUCAAGAUAUUGCUCCAAGUAAAGCGACGUGUAGAAGUUUGUUUGGAGAAGUUGAUCACGAACAAACAAAGAAGGAAUUGCAACUUCAAUAUGAAAAACUGCUCGAACAAAAAUCCGAACACUGGAACUUCAAUUUUAAGGAACAAAAACCUGGUGACAAUAAAGACGGUUUGCAAUGGGUUCCUUCUGAUAUAGAUUUUUCUGAAAAUACUUACACACCAGGAAAAAGUUUAAUUGGUGCAUUAACGCAAAACACAUUGUCCUCAGCAAGCUUGGAAAGUGCGAAUAGUAUAAACGUUGAGCCUUUAGCUAUUGAGGAUUGUCAAAUAAUAAAAACCGUUAUGGGAACUCAGAUACGUUCGUGUAAAUACAAUGAUAACACAAAAUUAUGUGGAAAGAAAAAAAAACAUCAAAAAACAAUCGAUGAAUUUAUGAAAAAGAAAAAGUUUAAUUCAUCUUUAAAUCUGACACUUUGUAAAGAACCUAUAGCAUCUAGGCUCCGAUCCUCUGAGAUUUCCGUUUAAAGUUUCUCCACAUAAUCAGCUUUAUUUCUUCUGAGAAGAAAAUUUAUAAAUAGACUUCCUUUUACGAAGCUCCUAUUGGUGGGAAUGUUUCUCCUAUGUUCGCGAAUGUUCUGUUGACAGAACGUCUUCGUGGAAUCACCCCGCAUAUCUUUUUUUUUUUAGAGUGGUUUGACAUUUUUUUAUAGUAAUUAGCAAAAGUUAUUUUUUUAUCUUAGAUAUUUACUGUUUAAAUUGUAUAUAUAUUAUCGCAAUUCUUGUAUAUAAUUUAUUUGAGUUCAUACUUCUGUAUGGAAUAAAAGAAAUACAUUCACAACUUCA